AUGGAUGACCUGUUUGACGGUGCCGUCGGUAUUGAUCUCGGUACCACCUACUCCUGCGUCGGUGUUUGGCAAAACGACCGCGGCAACCGGACAACUCCCUCCUACGUCUCCUUCUCCUCUGAGGAGCGCCUGAUCGGCGAUGCCGCCAAGAACCAGGCUGCGAUGAACCCCAAGAACACCGUGUUCGACGCGAAGCGUCUCAUCGGUCGGAGAUACGACGACCCCGACGUUAAGAAGGAUAUGACCCACUGGCCCUUCGAGGUCAUCGAGAAGAACGGCUCUCCUCUGAUCAAGAUCAACUAUCUCGGCGAGGAAAAGACGUUCAGCCCUCAGGAGAUCUCCUCGAUGGUCCUCAUCAAGAUGAAGGAGAUUUCAGAGGCCAAGCUUGGCAAGACUGUCAAGAAGGCUGUUGUAACUGUACCCGCCUACUUCAACGACUCUCAACGUCUUGCGACCAAGGAUGCGGGUGCGAUCGCUGGUCUCGAGGUGCUCCGUAUCAUCAACGAGCCCACCGCCGCUGCCAUUGCCUACGGCCUCGACCGCCAGUCGUCUAUUGAAAAGAACGUCCUCAUCUUCGAUCUCGGUGGAGGAACUUUCGAUGUCUCCCUCCUCAACAUCACUGGUGGUGUCUUUGCCGUCAAGGCCACCGCUGGUGACACUCACCUUGGCGGUGAGGACUUCGACAACAACCUUCUCGAGUUCUUCAAGAAGGAGUUCCAGAAGAAGACCAGUCUCGACAUCUCGGACGACGCCCGUGCUCUGCGUCGUCUGCGCAGUGCCUGCGAGCGUGCCAAGCGCACUCUUUCCAGCGUUGCCCAGACCACUGUCGAGGUCGACUCUCUCUUCCAGGGCGAGGACUUCUCGGCCAACAUCACUCGUGCCCGUUUUGAGGAGAUCAACGCUUCGCUCUUCAAGUCGACUCUGGACCCUGUUGAGCGUGUCCUCAAGGAUGCGAAGAUGCCCCGCGAGAAGGUUGACGACAUCGUCCUUGUCGGUGGCUCCACCCGUAUCCCCAAGGUUCAGUCGCUGGUCUCGGAGUACUUCGGUGGCCGCCAGCUCAACAAGUCGAUCAACCCCGACGAGGCCGUCGCGUAUGGUGCUGCUGUCCAGGCCGCCGUCCUCACUGGCCAGACCUCUGAGAAGACCCAGGACCUCCUCCUCCUCGAUGUCGCUCCCCUCUCCCUCGGUGUCGCCAUGCAGGGUGACAUCUUCGGUGUUGUCGUCCCCCGCAAUACCCCCAUCCCCACCAACAAGUCUCGUGUCUUCACCACCGUUGAGGACAACCAGACGACCGUCACCUUCCCUGUGUACGAGGGCGAGCGUACGCAGUGCCGCGACAACCGUUUGCUCGGCGAAUUCGAGCUCAACGGCAUUCCCCCCAUGCCCCGUGGCCAGGCCGAGCUCCUCACGACCUUCGAGCUCGACGCGAACGGUCUCCUUAAGGUGACCGCGCAGGACCGCGCUUCUGGCCGCAAGGCACAGAUCAGCAUCCAGAACUCUGUCGGCCGUCUCUCGUCCGUUGAGAUCGACCAGAUGAUCAAGGACGCUGAGCACUACAAGCAGGCGGACAAGGACUUCAGCGCACGACACGAGGCCAAGGCCGACCUCGAGAGCUACAUCCACCAGGUCGAGAACACCAUCACCAGCCCUGAGAUUGGCAUGAAGAUCAAGCGUCAUGCUAAGGCGCAGGUCGAGGCUGAACUCGCGCGCGCGCUCGAGAAGCUCGAGAUCGAGGACUCGACGUCAGACGAGCUCCGCAAGGCGCAGCUUGGCAUCAAGCGCGCGCUCCAAAAGGCGACCGCUGGCAUGCGGUAG